AUGGUAUCUAAGAAAAUUAAAAUUGCUAUUGAUAGAGGGGGAACCUUCACUGAUUGUAUCGGUAAUCCUGGAACAGGUAGACCAGAAGACGAUGUCGUUAUUAAAUUAUUAUCUGUGGAUCCUAAAAAUUAUCCAGAUGCUCCUUUGGAAGGGAUUAGAAGAUUAUUGGAGGUGUUUGAAGGCAAAAAAAUUGCCAGAAACAAACCGCUGGAUAUAAGUAAUGUAGAAACUAUCAGAAUGGGCACUACUUUGGCCACUAAUUGUGCUUUGGAAAGAAACGGUGAAAGAUGUGCUCUAAUCACUACGAAAGGGUUCAAAGAUGCCUUAGUUAUUGGUGAUCAGACAAGACCAAACAUAUUUGAUUUGAGCGCCAAGAAACCAGGUGUAUUAUACGAUUUAGUACUGGAAAUCGAUGAAAGAGUUACUUUAGAAGAUUUUUCAGAAGAUCCCGACAAUAAAAAAUCCAUUUCCAACGGCUUAAACACUGUUUAUGGAAAAAGUGGAGAAGUUGUUAAUAUUUUGAAGGUACCAGAUCCUGAAAACGUAAGGAUGGUCCUACAAACGGUUUAUAACACUGGAAUUCGAUCAUUAGGUAUUGCCUUUUUACACUCUUUUACCUAUAAUGAACAUGAAAAAUUAGUAGCUAAGAUAGCCAAGCAAAUUGGAUUUACACAUGUUUCUUUAUCAAGUGAAGUUUCACCUAUGAUCAAGUUUGUUCCAAGAGCUCACAGUGUUAUUGCUGACGCCUACUUGACCCCUGUUAUCAAAAAAUAUCUAGAUAGUAUUUCAAAAGGUUUAACCAAUGUAUCAAACACCAAGAUUCAAUUUAUGCAGUCUGAUGGGGGUAUAAUUGAUGCAAAAAAAUUUUCUGGACUAAGAGCGAUUUUAUCUGGUCCUGCAGGCGGGGUUGUCGGUUAUUCAACAACGUGUGCUAGCGGCAAUAAGAGUUUGAUUGGUUUUGAUAUGGGAGGUACUUCUACUGAUGUUAGUAGAUUUGGUGGAAAAUUAGAACAUGUUUUUGAAACCAUCACUGCUGGAAUUGUUAUUCAGUCUCCUCAAUUAGACAUUCACACUGUUGCUGCUGGGGGCAGUUCUCGUUUAUUUUGGAAAAACGGUUUGUUUAGAGUUGGACCUGAGUCUGCAACGGCUGAGCCAGGCCCGGCUUGUUAUCGUAAAGGCGGACCUCUAACCAUAACAGAUGCCAAUUUAUUUUUAGGCCGUUUAAUUCCGGAAUUUUUCCCCAAGAUAUUUGGUCCUGAUGAAAAUGAAUCCUUGGAUUUGGAAGCAACCACUGAAAAAUUUAUGGCAUUAACAGAAAAAAUCAACAAAGAUCUGAAUUCCAGUCUCUCACCUGAUGAGGUAGCAUAUGGAUUUAUCAAAGUUGCGAAUGAAUCAAUGGCUAGACCUAUACGUGGGUUAACUGAAGCUAAAGGCCAUGUGAUUUCUGAUCAUAGAUUAGUUACUUUUGGUGGUGCUGGUGGUCAACAUGCAGUUGCAGUUGCAGAAUCUUUGGGGAUAAACGUAGUUUUAUGCCAUCGGUAUUCUUCUAUCUUGUCCGCUUAUGGUAUGCUAAUGGCUGAUGUAGUCGAGGAGUCUCAAGAGCCAUGUUCUUUAAUUUUGGGUGUUGAUGAUGACAAAAUUAGUUUCAAGUUAGAGGAAUUAUACAAAUCUACAUUUAACAAAUUGAAGGAACAAGGUUUUGCCGAAAUAGAGGUUGAGAAAUACUUGAACUUGCGGUUUGAAGGGACUGCCAAUAAUUUAAUGGUUUGUCAGAAAAACCUUGUUGAUUUUGCUACUGAUUUUAACUUACUGCAUAAGCGUGAAUUUGGAUUCUCUUUUAAAGAUCGGAAAAUAAUAGUUGAUGAUAUUAGAACUAGAGGUAUUGGGAAAUCUAGUUUCAGGACUGAGGAGCCAGUUGACGUUCAAUUAUCUAAAGUUACAAAACGUUUGGUUGAUCCUAAAACUGAAAGUUACAUGGUGAAGGAAAUUUUCUUUGAUACUAAGCGUGUUGCCACUCCUAUUUAUAGGAUUGAUGAAAUGCAGCCCGGUUCUACAAUUAAAGGUCCGGCAAUCCUGGCGGAUACUACCCAAACCAAUGUAAUUCCACCGAAUGCAGAGGCUAUUGUUUUAAAAUCGCAUAUUUAUAUUAAUAUUUUGCAUAAGGGCGAUGCCUACUCUCCAGCCGCCACAGAUGAUAUUGUGGAUCCUAUUAUGUUGUCUAUUUUUGGACACAGAUUCAUGGAUAUUGCUGAACAGAUGGGGAACCAAUUAAGAAAAACCAGUGUUUCGACCAAUGUUAAGGAGAGGUUAGACUUUUCUUGUGCAUUAUUUGAUCCAAAUGGGAAUUUGGUAGCCAAUGCUCCUCAUUUACCGGUACACUUGGGUUCUAUGUCUACCUGUAUUGCUGCUCAGGCUAAAUAUUGGGAAGGUAGGUUAAAACCAGGGGAUGUUAUUGUUACAAAUCAUCCCGAGAUGGGAGGUACACAUUUACCUGAUAUCACGGUUAUAUCACCAGCUUUUGAUGAAAAUACAGGCGGUAUUAUUUUUUAUGUUGCUUCUAGAGCACACCAUGCGGAUAUUGGUGGUAUUCUGCCUGGUUCUGUUCCACCAAAUUCCAAAGAGUUGUAUGAAGAGGGUGGUGCUAUAUAUGCGGAAUUAUUAGUCAAUGAGGGUGAAUUUGAUGAAGCAAAGGUUAAAGAGUUGUUGUACGAUAUUCCAUCCAGAUACCCUGGCUGUUCUGGAUCAAGAAAAUUAAGUGAUAAUAUCAGCGAUUUAAAAGCCCAGGUUGCUGCUAAUAUAAGGGGAAUUAGGUUAAUCAAUAGAUUAGUGGGGGACUUUGGGUUAUCAACAAUAAUUAAGUAUAUGACAGCCAUUCAAGACAAUGCUUGUGAGACGAUUAAGAAAAUGAUAAAGAAAAUGUGCGAACAUUUUGGUGGGAAAACCGAAUAUUACGGUGAAGAUUUUAUGGAUGAUGGCACAUGCAUAAAAUUACAUGUUACGUUGGAUAUUGAUAAAGAUAAAUAUAUUUUUGAUUUUGGCGGCACUAGCCCGCAGAUAUAUGGUAAUUUGAACGCCCCUCGUGCCAUUACGACCUCUGCUAUAUUGUAUUGUUUGAGGUGCCUGGUUGAUGAGGAUAUUCCAUUAAACCAAGGUUGUUUGAAACCAAUAACUAUUAAUAUACCGGAGGGAUGUAUUUUGAAUCCAAUGGAUGGUGUUGCAGUUGUUGGUGGGAACGUUUUAACAUCACAGAGAGUUACUGAUGUUGUGUUGAAGACCUUUAAAGUUAUGGCCGACUCACAAGGUGAUUGUAAUAAUCUAACAUUUGGCACUGAUUCUAAAACUGAGGAUGAAUCGUCUGGCUUUGGUUACUAUGAAACUAUUUGUGGUGGCCACGGUGCCGGUGGCGACUCUUGGCGUGGAUCUGGCUGGAAUGGUGUUUCUGCUGUUCAUACAAACAUGACUAAUACCAGAAUGACUGAUGUUGAAAUUUUUGAAAAAAGAUACCCCGUUAUAUUAAAGGAGUUCUCAGUUAGAAAGGAUUCUGGUGGUAAGGGGAAAUACAAUGGCGGUAACGGGGCAAUAAGAGAUAUUGAAUUCCGUGUACCUUUACAAGUUUCUAUAUUAUCAGAACGACGUACUAUAGCUCCACACGGUUUAGAUGGUGGUAGUGAUGGUCAAUGUGGGUUAAACUUGUGGAUACGUAAAGAAAACAACGCUGUUAUCAAUAUAGGGGGUAAGAAUACUAUAAGGGUUAAACCAGGGGAUCGUGUUAUAAUUCAAACUCCUGGAGGUGGUGCUUAUGGUAAGGCUUAA